AUGGUGAAAGGAAAUAAAGUAGUUUCAAAGAAGAACGCACCAACAGUUAAAGAUUCAGCAUCAACUGAAGAAGAAAAUCCAUCAGUUGCAGUAGAAGAAAUUCAAAAAUCAACAUCACCAACAACGAAAUCAAAGUCAACAUUAAAAGAUUCAACACCAAUUUCAUCCCCAACUCCAUCAGUUGCAGCAGAAGAAAUUCGAAAAUCAACAGGACCAAAGACGAGAUCUAACAGAGGAUUAGAAGAUUCAACAUCAAUUUCAUAUUGGUUCGUUGAACACAACAAUAGCAUGGCGCCAAGUAAUGAACAAGGUUUUCCUAGGUUUCUAAGGUGGUUAAUAAGCGACAUCAGCAAUACAAUAGAGAAAGACAUUAAUGAAGCUAUGAAAAAGAUGCAACCCGGAUGGCAAAGAGAUGAAGCAUUGGAAGAGCUUUCUGACUUGAAGGUUAAACAUUUGAAGCUUGUUAGCUUCAUUGAAGAAAAAAGCAAAAAAAAUUAUGAAGCUGAUGCAAGGAAUGUGCAAGAUGAUAAGGAUCUUGUUUAUUUAUUUGUUGACUCCUUGCAAAAAAUCAUUUCAUUUAACAAAAAAUUAAAAAGUGAGGAUGAACGUGAUGAUGAUGAACAGGAGGAGGAGGAGGAAGGUGAGAAAGGUGAGAAAAGUGGCGAAGUUGAUGAUGUGGAUGAUAAUGAUGAUGAUGAGAUUGAUGAUGAGGAGGAUGGUGAGAAAGGCAAGAUAAGUGGUAAAGAUGGUGAUGUGGAUGGCAGUGAUAAGGAGCAAGGGGAGGAGGGUGACGAGGAGGAGGAGGAGAAGGAUGGUGGUGGAAAAGGUGGUGAUGAGGAACAGGGUGAGGAGGACGGUGGUGGCAAAGGUGGUGAUAUACAUGAUGAUGAUGAUGAGGAGCAGGAUGAGGGGGAUGGUGGUGGGAAAGGUGGUGAUAUGCACGAUGAUGAUGACGAAGGUGGCAAAGGUGGUGAUAUGCAUAGUGAUGAUGACGAAGGUGGAAAAGGUGGUGAUAUGCAUGGUGAUGACAAUGACAAAAAAGAGGGUAGCAAAGGUGGUGAUGAUGAGGGUGGAAAAUCUGAAAACAAUGAAGUUCCGUCUGAAACUUCUGAAAAGCAAAGCACUCCUCUGUCAAAGACAAAUGAAGAGAAGGAUGGAAAGGAUGGAACAAGGCAAGGUUUUGAGUCUGAAACUGCUAAGAAGCCUAGCACUUCUCUGCCAGAGACAGCUGCAUAUCAAGAAGACCAGGAUGCCACUCAAACAGCUGAAAUUGAUGAGGCUACGAUAAUCGCAGUUCAAGCCAUAUCUCAGCUGGACCCUAAAGGCAUGUUGUUGGUUGAAGAAGAUGUACUUUUACUCACACAGGGAGAAGAUCAAUAG